UCGGAAUAACCUACGCACUGAUUGGCCAGUUGUUGUGAGGUGCCCAAUCUGCCCGUCGACGUCAGAGCGCACUCCGUGAAAUCUGACAGAAGCUUCAGCCAUUCGCUGAUCGACUUGAACUCAGAGGCGAUCCUCCAUUGGUUCUAUAUCCGCCCUUUGCCCGCCCCAUUGCCCUUAGAAUGGCGGAGGCUACGUAUAAAUAAAUGUAACUGACAAGCAGAGGGACGUAGAGAAGUCUGUGAAAGGGGUACGGCAUCAUUAGCAAGGAGGGAUCCGGCCUCUCGCACACGUCCGUACCCCACCCUUGCUGAACUAGCAAAUGUUUAAAGGUCGCCUUACACCGCCUCGCAGAUUGUGUUUCAGUAGGAGGGAUAGUAAUGCGGAGAGACAUUUGGAGGAAGAAUUGUGAAGUAACUUGAAUGAAAUUACAUUCCUGUUUCCAGUCCUGCCUUUGUAUUUUUGGAGACCAGUAAACGGCACUUGUUUUGCAGCUAUGCAGCUUGAAAUUAAAGUAGCAUUGAAUUUUAUCAUUUCAUACUUGUACAACAAACUGCCCCGGCGGCGUGUCAACAUAUUUGGAGAAGAACUGGAGAAGCUCCUGAAGAAAAAGUAUGAAGGUCACUGGUACCCAGACAGGCCUUACAAAGGGUCAGGUUUUCGCUGUAUACACGUAGGUGAAAAGGUGGAGCCCGUCAUCCAGCAGGCAGCCAAUGAAAGCGGCUUGGAGAUUGAGGACGUUCGCCGAAACCUCCCUCAAGACCUCAGCGUCUGGAUCGAUCCGUCUGAAGUGUCCUAUCAGAUUGGCGAGAAGGGGCAGAUCAAGGUUUUGUAUGUUGAUGAUCAUUCGGAGAACGGGACUGAACUGGAUAAAGAGAUCAAGAACAGCUUUAACCCUGAGGCACAGGUGUUUAUGCCGAUCAAUGACCAAUCUUCUUCUGUAUCGAGCUCCCCGUCACCCCUUUUUAACGACUCUGCUGCUGUAAGUCCGACGUUCAUGCCAAGAGUUAAUCAGUCGCUCACCUUCACUACUGCUAUGUUUGCUGCCACCAAGUUUGGUUCCACCAAAAUGAAGAAUAACCGCAACAAGAUGGCGAGCUCCUCUCCCACACAGUUUGGCUUGAACGUCAAUCUGUUACAGCAGAGUGCUUUGUCUUCCUCCGGGCACCCUCUGUACGGCAUUGGCCUUCCCAAUCUUCAACAGAAACCUUCCGCCCUCUCUCCCAGCGCACAGGAAUUUAGCUUCCCAAGUAUACCGGAUCCAGGCAGAACCCCCAUAGCCUGCCCCAACGACGGCACUCUCAACCUUGGAACUCUUCCCUACAGCAAUGCCUUUGAUAUGUUUGCGGCCUAUGGCAGUCUGAAUGAUAAAUCGCUUGUGGAUGGGUUGAAUUACAGUCUAAGCAAUGUGCAGUACACCAACCAGCAAUUCCAACCAGUCAUGGCUAAUUAGCAGAGGUAGAUGUGCAUCCAAAUAAAAGUAUUGAACAAGCUGCAUGAGCCCAAGGUUAUUACUAUAUAUAUUUUUUUUUUUUUAAAGAUCUCUUCAGCUUGUUGUCCUUGUACAUUCAAUACAUUUACAGUUGGUUGCAUAAGCACAUAGACCCUUUUUUUUUUUUUUUUUUUUUUUUUUUUUUUAUAGUUUUCUUUUUUUUUGCCAGUUAAGUGCAAAUCUUUUGUGUUCACUACAUUUUAAGGAGCAUUGCUCCUUACAGUAUUUAGAAGCUACAAAUACAUAUUAUAUAUUUUUUUAUAUAAUAGGCCUUGAGAUUUGUUUUUCUAAAUUGGGAUAUGUUGAUUAUUUAUAUUUACAAAUGCAUACAGGACUGGAGGUCCUUUCCCUUUAUCCCCCCCCCCCAACUCUGGAACGAGUCAGAAUGAAGAGGGCUUAACGAAAAUUAUUACGUCUAUUAAAUUGUAAAUAGCGUAACGCACGGAUCAACCCUUUUUUUUUUUUUUUUUUAACGUUUCCAUGAGUGGUUAUUUUGUUUUCCAGCCCUGUAUGUAUAUAUUUACAUAAAGCAUUUCAGAAUUUUUUAUGGAUCUGUGAUUCCAGCAAAAAAAAAAGUCCUUUACUUUUUUUUAUUUUUUUUCUUUAUUUCUGAUUGUAAAUUUUUUUUUUGACACCAGUUUAUUAGAGUAUUCCUUGCUGUAAACCUAAAAAUACCGAGGAUAUAUGUUUUUUUCAGAGUUGUAUUUUCUGUUACAAAUUUAAAAAUUUUUGCUAUAUAAGAUGGAGAUGUUGUAAUUUUUGUAUCUAAAUUGUGCAAUACUUGACAAUGUUAAAGUAUAUUAAAGUCAGUGUCUUACAUGUUAAGAACUGAGCUAGUUUAUAUUUAGUUUGUAUUAAAAUUAUUUUAAAUGAA